CGAUGCCCCAUCAGCGCAUCUCAUUCCCACCACCCAUCAGCACAGCGACUGUCGUCCUCAUCGUGACCAUUAUUGCACUGCUCCCCGUCUGUCGCCCUGGAAUCUGUAUACAGUCUUUCCGCCAUUGAGGCUUGACUAUACAUUCCGAGGCAGUCGUAGCAAGGAAAGAACCGCAGCAGGCAAAAACAGCCUGCUGGCCCGCCUUCUUGCAUUCGGCGUGUAUUUUCAGUGAUGUGAUCGCAUUCAGUGUUGCGGGAUUAUACUGAAGGACGCAAUUGCCCGCCCUUGAGAUUCUACACGACAGCUCUUGCAAAUCGCACUUCAUCACACGCCCACGGAGACGACACCUCGAUAUGGCGACAGUAGUGGUUCAGCAACAGUCAAUUCGGCACUCUGCGACACCGCCCCCGGUUUCCCCAGCUCUCAGUCUCAACGUCCGCCCCCGCACACCCACUUCUAUCCCGAAUAAGCAUAUUCCAACCUGUCCACCUGGCUCUGCUCCGCAACUGCCCUCGUCCCCCAAAUCUCCAACUGUCUCGCUCACGUCCUUGCUCUACCCGCCUGAUCGCUUCAGAAAAUUAUCCAAAUCUCCACCAGUAUACUCCAUUGAUUCCGAUAUCCUCGUUGCGGCCUUGAACAAUUUAGCUGCCCAGUCGCUCCCAGAUCCCAAGCAAGUGUUUCCUUGGCUACAUGGCUUGCACCCCGAUAAUGCUAUGCAAUCUGCCUUCUUCGUCAAUCGGAAACGAUCGCUGCGCCGCAUUCCGAAAUGUUUGCGCACCUUCACCAUAGUCAGCCUCGAUGAUGACCUAACCAAGUCGCGCCUUCGAGGAGCUGUCACGCUUGACGAGAUUCUUGCCCCUUCUGGAUAUGAUUUCAUUGACGCGGACCCCAUUGAUGGCUUUUCUGUUCGCAAUUUCCAUAUCCAGACUGCAAAAUUGGCACCUCUGUCGGACAUUAUCAUAUAUGCAAAAAAUGGAGCCAGCAACUUUCAAUUGCUGGAUGCAGCUGAGAGGCUGGCAAUCGCGCAGCAGAAUUGGAGGAUGAAGCAUGAUCCUGCUCAGGAGACUCCGCUUUUUAAUACAUUUAUCCUGUCUGAUACCUAUGAAGAAAUUGAGAAGAAGCACCCAGAACUGGUAGCUGUCGACUCUGCCGGCCAUUUUACGAGCAAUGUGAUGGAUUUCUUCCAGUGGGAACGUAUUGAAAUGUGCAACAUGUCCAAGGCCUCGGAAAUUUCCAACGGAGUCUGGCUAGGUCCCAGUCCAGAUAUGCUUUUGGCUUCUGGUGAACAUGAUCAGCUUGACCCUGAUCAAUUUGACCUUCUGGUAGAAGCCAAUGAUCUAGCCUCCAUUCCAGGACCUCGCUAUCUCGAAAGGGUGCAUAGAGAACUUGCUAAUGACCCCACAAAGACGCAGUUGAUACAGUUUCCAUCUUCCGGAAGCAUUGUACCGCUGCCGGAAUCUGGCAAGGACGUCGAGGAUUUUGUCACCACUAUUCGCUGGAUGUACUACCUUGCAAACCCAGAAGAGGAUGAAUUGGAACAUGAUGCAGAUGACGACGUACCAAUGGAUGCCUUGACGCGACGAGCUCAUCGAAUUCUGAUUCACUGUGCAGAUGGCUACACAGAGAGCUCCCUGCUAGCACUUGCCUAUUUCAUUUUUGCGGAGGGAAUUCCGAUGCAUGAGGCUUGGCUCAAACUCCACCGCGAGAAGGGGCGAAAUUUCUUUGCAUAUCCAUCCGAUGUUGUAUUCUUACGAAAUAUUCAACCUCGACUAUUGCAAGAAAGCCCUGCCGCUCAAAGCUUGAGUGUUUGUCAUAUUUUAGAGCCAAAAUGGCUUAGAACUAUGGAUGGAUCACUUCCAAGUCGUAUACUUCCGUAUAUGUACCUAGGAAAUCUCGCUCAUGCCAACAACCCAGAGCUAUUACGGGCGCUCGGCAUCAAGCGCGUUCUUAGCAUUGGAGAGAGUGUUUCGUGGAGCGAUGAUGAUUUUGAGAGAUGGGGAGAAGAUAAUUUGAUGUUUAUCAGUCAGGUUCAGGACAACGGCGUGGAUUCAUUGACUCAGGAGUUCGAUAGGUGUUUGAAAUUCAUUGAAAAGGGUAAAUUAGAUGGAUCCGCCACGCUGGUUCAUUGUCGGGUUGGCGUUUCAAGGUCUGCUACUAUCUGCAUAGCCGAGGUUAUGGCAUCUCUUGGACUUUCAUUUCCGCGAGCAUAUUGUUUUGUGCGGGCUAGAAGGCUUAAUGUGAUUAUCCAACCACAUCUCCGAUUUGUUUAUGAACUUCUAAAAUGGGACGAGUUGCAACAACAAAAACGGAAACAACCUCUGAGACGCGAGUUAGAGUGGGCCACUAUCGCUCGAGAAAUUGCUCUUAUGAACAAACCGUAUUCGAAGCAGCAAUAACUUAUGAAUUUAGAUGCAAGGUUGAUUCCUGCGUUGCAUUCCAUUUGAUCGUCGCACAUGGUACGAUACCUCGAAUAGAUAUAUUCACAAUUUUCGUUAUGAUGCUUUCAUGACCGAGGCUGUUGACAGCAAGUAAUAUGAAAUGAUGAUUUCACGCUACGGGUUGAUGGGUUGAUGAUUAGGAUGAAAUGGGUAUCAGGGAGUUUCAGAUGUACGGAUUGGACUGAUCAUGAUUU